CCUUCGUUUUCCCUCCCCAGCAGAAGACUAACUCAGCCCCUUCCGGAAACACCCAAAGCGGCUUUUAGUCAACAAAUUAUUGUCUACGCUGCACCGACGUAACCCUAGCCUUUAGGGCUGACCCUUCGGGGUCGAGAAAGGUGUUUCCAGCGAAUGACCCGAGAGGGGCACUCGUUUUUAGGUCCCAAUUCCCCCCCUCCCCUAGCGUUUGGAGGAUCCCAACCCCAGGGGCGAGGAAGUGGGCGGAGUCGGGUUUUGGCGCCAGCCGCUACUGCUGCGAAGCAGAAAAGCAUCCGCCGAGAAGACUCCGGUCACCGUCCUCGCCCCUCCUUCCCGAUCCCUCCCCUCGGGGGACCAACAGGCGCCACGCCGCAAACGCAAAAAAUGGGAAAGAAACAGAAUGGGAAGAGUAAAAAGGUUGAAGAGGCAGAGCCUGAAGAAUUUGUGGUGGAAAAAGUAUUGGAUCGACGUGUAGUAAAUGGGAAAGUGGAGUAUUUCCUGAAGUGGAAGGGAUUUACAGAUGCUGACAAUACUUGGGAACCUGAAGAAAAUUUGGAUUGUCCAGAGUUAAUUGAAGCAUUUCUUAAUUCUCAAAAAGCUGGUAAAGAAAAAGAUGGUACAAAAAGAAAGUCUUUAUCUGACAGUGAAUCUGACGAUAGCAAGUCAAAGAAAAAAAGAGACGGUGCUGACAAACCAAGAGGCUUUGCCAGAGGUCUUGAUCCUGAAAGAAUAAUUGGUGCCACGGAUAGCAGUGGAGAAUUAAUGUUUCUUAUGAAAUGGAAAGAUUCAGAUGAGGCAGAUUUGGUGCUGGCAAAAGAAGCAAAUAUGAAGUGUCCUCAAAUUGUAAUUGCUUUUUAUGAAGAGAGACUAACUUGGCAUUCUUGUCCAGAAGAUGAAGCUCAAUAAUUGUUUGCAUUGCUUUUUAUAUAUAUUUAUAUAUAUAUAUACAAUCUGGGUCUUGGUUUUUGAUUUACUAGUGUGAAGAAAUAACUACAUCUAAUAAAUCAAGUUUGAUACAUUUGUUUUGAAAGUAGUAUUGAGAGAAUUGUUGGGGAGGGUGCAUCAGUAGCACUGGUUACUUUGAACAAAUAAAAGCUUUCUGUAGUUGCUUCCUUUAUCAGAAAAGAACAUAUGAUACCGUGGUAUAUUAUUUCCUCUGCACUAGAGAAUAGCAUUUCUAAAUGCUAGGGGAAAUUUCCAUAGCCAUUAUUCAGUCAGAACUUGUGUUUAACUCAUGCCUAAGGACCAUUUUGGGUUUUUUAAAUUUGUUUUUGUGUGUGUGUAUGUAAAAUGCAUAUGUAAAUGAUUCUCUUUGUUUUUAAACAUUCACCAAAACAAAAAUCAUGGAUAAGCCCAUGUGUCUGUGAUGCUAUCAUUCUGAGCAACCUAAGAAUUGAAAAUUUUCCUGAAGCCGUAACAUUUCAAACUAAAUAGUUGGUUCGUAAUUAAUUGGAUAAGUUAAAGGCAGCAGUAUUAGAAUCCGUAUCUACAUGUAUAUUCAUAUAAGUGCAACAUUGUGUUUGUAAAAUUCCUAAAAGGAAAAGCUUUAUCGCUACCAACAAUCUCCCCACCCAGAUGAGGAAACUAGACAAAUUCUGAUGUGUUCUAAUACAGUAAACAAGACUUAGUUAAAUGAACAUUAAAGAUUCCCCUAGUGAGCAAUUCUUUUACAAAAACUUGAAAUCCUAUGCUGCAUUGACUGAAAGUUCAUGAUUAAUGGAAUAUUUGAGGCUUGGCCCAUGGAAACUUAUUCAGAUGGUUAGAAACGUUGGCAGUUUCAGACCUGCUGACAUAAAUGAGUAAACAAACUUUUUGUAAUCUAAGCUAUUGACCUGCAUGUUUUUUUCUUACCCCAAUUCAUUUCUUACAUGUAGGCUCAAUCUUUUUAGUAUUUGGGUUACUGGUUCUGCAGAAGCCAGGAAAAACAGCCUUGUAGUAAUCAGAAUGUUAUCCAACUGUAUAUUGUUUAUUGUAAAUACUGGUGAACAGUGGUCAAUAAAUAGUUUUAUAUUCCUUUA